UCCGCGUUCCCGGCAGAGACCUGCAGGAGGGGUUGCGCGCGGCCGCUCCCGUGGUGGUCAGCUAAGAUUUCCAUGCUGGAUGCAAUGAAGCAGAGGCAGGUGGCAAACUGAAGGACAUUGACUGGGCAGAGGCCAGUGGAUAGCUCCCUGUGUCUGGAAGACAGCCACCUUGGGAUUCCUCCGGGACUUCAGGAGCCUCACUGCUGAGUCGAAGAACUUUGUGGGUAAGAUUGGACAUGGGCAGCAGUGAGCCCCUUCCCAUCGUGGAUAGUGACAAGAGGAGGAAGAAAAAGCGCAAGACCCGGGCCACUGACUCUCUGCCAGGAAAGUUUGAAGAUGUGUACAAGCUGACCUCUGAGUUGCUGGGAGAGGGAGCCUACGCCAAAGUCCAGGGUGCCGUGAGCCUGCAGACUGGCAAAGAAUAUGCUGUCAAAAUCAUUGAAAAGCAAGCAGGGCACAGCCGGAGCCGAGUAUUCCGUGAAGUGGAGACGUUGUAUCAGUGUCAAGGAAACAAGAACAUUUUGGAGCUGAUUGAAUUCUUUGAAGAUGACACACGGUUUUACUUGGUCUUUGAGAAAUUGCAAGGAGGCUCCAUCCUGGCGCACAUCCAGAAGCGGAAGCACUUCAAUGAGCUAGAAGCCAGCAGAGUGGUGCGGGACGUUGCCACUGCCCUUGACUUCCUGCAUAGUAAAGGCAUUGCUCACCGUGAUCUGAAGCCAGAAAAUAUACUGUGUGAAUCUCCAGAAAAGGUGUCUCCGGUGAAAAUUUGUGACUUUGAUUUGGGCAGUGGGGUGAAACUGAACAACUCCUGUACACCCAUAACUACACCAGAGCUGACCACUCCAUGUGGCUCUGCAGAAUAUAUGGCACCUGAGGUGGUGGAGGUCUUUAGGGACGAGGCCACUUUCUAUGACAAGCGCUGUGACCUGUGGAGCCUGGGUGUGGUUCUCUACAUCAUGCUGAGUGGCUACCCCCCCUUUGUAGGUCAUUGUGGGGCUGACUGUGGCUGGGACCGGGGAGAGGUAUGCAGGGUGUGCCAGAACAAGCUGUUUGAGAGCAUCCAGGAAGGCAAAUAUGAGUUUCCUGACAAGGACUGGGCUCAUAUCUCCAGUGAGGCCAAAGACCUCAUCUCUAAACUCCUGGUUCGAGAUGCGAAGCAAAGACUCAGCGCUGCCCAAGUUCUGCAGCACCCGUGGGUACAAGGGCAAGCUCCAGAAAGGGGACUCCCCACGCCGCAAGUCCUCCAGAGAAACAGCAGCACCAUGGACCUGACGCUCUUCGCAGCUGAGGCCAUUGCCCUUAACCGCCAGCUGUCUCAGCAUGAGGAGAACGAACUGGCUGAGGAACCCGAGGCCCUUGCUGAGGGCCUCUGCUCCAUGAAGCUGUCCCCUCCUUCCAAAUCUCGCCUGGCACGAAGGCGAGCCCUGGCCCAGGCUGAACGAAGUGGAGAUGCAAACCCAUGUUCAACACCCAUGGGGCUCUGAACCAUUGCAGGCACAUCUUGUAGGCCUGUCCAGACGAUGCCCCUGGAAACCUGUGAGGUCAAAGUAUGAAGCAGGCAGAGAGGGAUCUAAGCUGCAGCUCCCGGCGAACCUUUUCUGUCCACAAAGGCUCCACGGGUUCCCACCCAUCCCCCAUUUCCCUUGGGUCCUCAGAGGAAAAGCCUCUUCCAGAGGGGUUGUCUUUGAAAAGGAAAGCACUCGCUCGUCACUUUGCAUAAUCGCCUGCACCAGCGUCUCUUCGCGGGGCUCCAAGUGCUCCCGGUAUGCAGAUCCCGGAUCCAGCUGGCAGUGGGGGCUGCUGGGGCUGCAGCCUUCAGGGAGCCAAGCUUCCAGGAGCUGACAGAGGCUGCCGACACGCGUGCCUCUUCCGGCACUGUCACCUUCUGGCCGUCCUCCCACCUUCCUCUGUCCUACAGGCGUCCUCUCCCUGGCUGAGCGAAGCCCGUCCCCUCAAUUCAGGAAGGGCAGAGAGCCAGAUCAGUCUUCCAGUCUGUAGCACAGAGAAGCACAUAAUCUUUCUUUGCCGUGACCGAAAUGUAUUCUUCAUUUAUCAUCCUCUUCCACGUUUGGGAUUGCUGCUAGAGUCAGUAUUAUUUCUCUUUUUUAAAAAUAUGUUUGCUAUUUUAACCGUGUUCUUUUAGCAGUCAUAGAACUCCAAACUCCUACUGCAAGCGCAUGGACUUCCCCAAGCAGGAUAUCCAUGCGUUUUUGGUUUUAACCCCCUCUUCCCACAGUCCCAGCAGAUUUGAAGCUGUUACUAUGACGAACAUUUUAGAGACGGUGUCUUGAUCUGCUGAUGCCUUCUCCCAGGUCUUUUGUGGCCAUGGGCACAAACCCAGAGCAGUUAGACUGCUGCGUCUGAGCUGAAGUGGGGUCACAGCAGCCUUGCUGCCCUACUCUGAGGAAUGCUGUACCCAUUGUCAGAUACGCUGUGGAGUCACAUAAAACACACACAUUAGUCAACCACAGUCAUCAAAAUUUUUAUAACUUGUGCUUGUUUUAAUAAAUAAUUUAAAAUUCCA